GGACAAGAUGGCGGCUUGCAUGGGAAGUUCUGGCAACGUGACUCCGUGAUCCCAGCGCGACUCGGAAACCAGCGGCGGAGGGCAGAGCGCGGGCAGCGGGCUGAAUUCAUGGUCUUUUGAAGAAUCAAAUUUACCUACCUUGGGGCACAUUUCGUAGCAAAGACAAAAUGUCUAGCUACAAGCCUGUAGCGAUCUCUUCCUUCCCCAAACUUGGUGAAAAGAUAACGCAAGAUACCCUGUACUGGAAGCGUUACAAGACACCAGUUCAGAUUAAAGAAUUUGGUGCCAUCACAAAAAUACACUUCUCGCCUAUACAGCCAUGUAACUUCGCAGUCACAUCCUCUACUAGGAUUCACGUCUAUGGGCAGUACUCUCAAGAACCUAUAAAAACCUUCUCCCGCUUCAAAGAUACCGCUUAUGGUGGUACAUAUCGAGAUGAUGGGAAGCUGCUUGUCGCAGGCUGUGAAGAUGGAGUUGUUCAGCUCUUUGACAUCAAUGGAAAAGCUGCUCUAAGACAGUUUUACGGUCAUAACAAAUCAGUACAUUUUGUGGACUUCACAUCUGAUAAGUAUCGGAUAGUGUCCGGUUCUGAUGAUUAUUCUUCCAAGAUUUGGGACAUUCCAAAUGGAGCUCAAAUUGUAAACUACAAGGAGCAUACAGAUUAUGUGCGAUGCGGCUGUACCAGCAAACUGAAUGAAGAUCUAUUUGUAACCGGGUCAUAUGAUCAUACUAUCAAAGUGUUUGAUACGCGAACGGAAAAGAGUGUGUUGACAAUGGAUCAUGAGCAGCCAGUAGAAAGUGUGCUUCUUUUUCCUUCUGGGGGCCUUCUUGUUUCAGCUGGUGGACGAUAUGUCAAAGUCUGGGACAUGCUGAAAGGUGGCCAAUUACUCGUGUCAUUAAGAAAUCAUCACAAAACCGUCACUUCGUUGUGUCUAAGCAGCUCUGGUCAGAGGCUGUUGUCUGGCUCCCUCGAUCGGCACGUGAAGAUCUACAGCACAAUGAAUUAUAAAGUAGUUCACAGUUUUGAUUAUGCAGCCUCCAUUCUAAGCCUUGCGUUGGCGCCGGACGAUGAAAUGAUUGUGGUUGGAAUGACCAAUGGGGUGUUAAACAUUAAACACCGGAAACCCGCAGAGAAAAUUACCUCUGAAACUACCAAAAAGAGGCACCCACGUUACAGGAUGUUUGUCCGCGGCAAAGACUACAUGCCCAAACAGGACGACAUUUUUAUCAGUAAACCUGUAAGGGAACACUUAAAGAAAUACGACAAAUUGCUGAAAGGUUUUGAAGUGUCAAAGGCCCUUGAUGCAGUUUUGGAGGCUCCACUUCGAAUCCAGAGGCCUGAAGUGACUGUAGCUGUUAUGAAUGAACUGAAGCGAAGAAGAACACUUAAAAAUGCUCUAGCCGGACGGGAUGAAAAACAACUCAACCUCCUUCUCGCCUUCCUUCUGAAAAAUCUAGUAGAACCAAGAUUUGGUCCAAUCUUAGUCCAUGUGGCAGACCAAGUCAUAGAUAUCUAUGGACCAAUUUUUGGAAAGUCUCCGUUAAUUGAUAAGCAGUUUCUAAAGCUCCAAGAACUACUCGACAAAGAAAUCAAUUACCAAGAAGAGCUGCUAGAAGUUUUAGGCAUGAUGGACACUCUCUUUGCAACAAUGACUAUGAAAAAGGAAACGUCCCUUGCAGUAGACAAACCAGUUGAUGUUCUAAAGCCUGUGCAGAGCAGCCAACCUGCUCCCAUGCAAACUGUCUGACCAGAGACUUCUAGCAAAUGACUUUAACACACGUUUUUGUACCACUUUUUAACAGUUACCUGGUGAAAACAUUCAGCCUAUGCAAAUAUCUUAUCAGCAAAUGUUUCUUUUCGGUUAGAAAAGGAAGGCAAAGACUCGUAUUUGUACAAUUUUAAAGACUGUUCUUGUUCAGGGUACCCAAUAUGUUUUUACAUAAAGUAUCGUUUUCUGAAA